AUGACUACAGCCUUGACAUGUGGAGCCUGGGCUGCCUGUUGGCCAGCAUGGUCUUCCGCAAGGAGCCUUUUUUCCACGGCCACGACAACUACGACCAGUUGGUGCGGAUUGCCAAGGUGUUGGGCACAGAGGACCUCUAUGACUAUAUCGACAAGUACAAUGUGGAACUGGACCCCCGCUUCAACGACAUCCUGGGCAGGCAUUCCCGCAAGCGAUGGGAGCGCUUUGUGCACAGUGAGAACCAGCACUUGGUGAGCACCGAGGCGCUGGACUUCCUGGACAAACUGCUGCGCUACGACCACCAGACUCGGCUGACAGCCCGCGAGGCGAUGGAGCACCCGUACUUCUAUCCAAUUGUGAAGGAUCCAGCCAGGCUGGCAUCCUCCGCAGUCCUCUCAUCAGCUAACACGCCUGUCAGCUCCUCCAGCAUGUUGGCAGGGAUCGCCUCCAUGUCUGCCUCUCAGCCGAUCGGUGGCUUGGCUGCCUCCCCCGUCAUCUCCUCUCCAAACGCGCUGGGUUCGCCAGUCCCUGCUGCCGCCGGAGCUCAGCCUUGACCACCAGACAGCCAGCUCUGGCUCUGAGCACCGCCAAGGCCACAGCCUUGCCCUCCUUCUCCUCACCCCCCCUGCCCACCUCUGCAUGGCGCUAUUGCCCGCCCAGGGUGGGCAGGAGGAUGGACAGGCAGGGGUGGGGUGAGGUGGAGGGGGGUCUGCCUCUGGAAUCCGAUUUUUUUGUUUGUUUCUGUUGAGUAUGUCAAGGAGCCAAGUCCAGGCUGCUGCUGCUGCUGCUGCUGCUGCUGCUGCUGCUGCUGCUGCUCUUCCUCCUUCUCUUGAUGCGGCAACAAACGCAGACUCUUUUUCCAGGCAGAGGCUUCUCUGUGGUUUGUGUCGAGUCACGUGAGCUGCAUUCUUCCCACGAGGGUCGUGGUUAGUGAUGCAACUACCAUGUAGACACCUGAACGGAGAAUAAAAUUUAUUUUCUAUGUCCCUAAAA